AUGGCUGGGCAGAUGGCCAGGGUGGUCCACAUUACAGAGGACGGGCAAGUCAUAGCUACAAAUCAAAACGGCUCACACAUGAGUAGUAUGGUUCCAGGGCAGAUACUCACGGAGCAGCUAGCGGACGGUGCGACACAGGUGGUGGUGGUGGAAGGAACGGGAACCGACAUGGAGGAGGCCGUUGGAAUAGACGCGGUUCCUGACUCCAGCGGCGCUGUGCUGCAGCAGAUCAUGCGACAGGACGUUUUGGACCCUUCUGAGGCUGCGGUCCAUCCUCCAGACUCCUCCUCGGCAUUAGAUGCCCUGCUUUGUGCUGUAACGGAGCUGGGCGGCGUGGAAAACAAAUCUGGACUCCUCGAGAGGUGCAGGUCUGGUCACAAGGAUUUCUUGCAAAUGCCAAACCCGGAGACGCCCAGCGUUCCCAGUGACGCAGAGGGGCAAGAAAUACAAAUGUUCCACGAAGUUCAAGAGGCUCAGGAAGGUACCAAACCUGUGGAAGUCGUGACACGGGUUGUGCACCCAUCGGCUAUAAUCGCAUCUCAGGAGAGAGCUCAGGCUGCCUUCAAGAAAGUGGUCCAAGGAGUGCUGCAGUUUGCCGUGUGCGAUACGGCCGCAGCCGACCAGCUGAUGAAAGAAGGUGUCACUCAGGUCAUUGUAAACGAGGAAGGGACUGUGCACAUGGUGGCUGGCGAAGGCUCUCAGAUAAUCAUGCAGGAAGCUGGUAGCCACGCGCUCAGCGUCCAGGGCGAGCACAUGGACUUAGUGGAGUCGGAUGGGGAGAUAUCACAGAUUAUUGUCACAGAAGAAUUAGCUCAAGCCAUGGUUCAGGGCUCUGAUGGCGACUUCCCCGAGGGUGCCACCCACUACAUCGUCACAGAACUGCCGCCAGACAUGCAGGAUGAGCCUGGUGUGUACUCGCACGCUGUGAUAGAGGCAGCUGGGCCUCGAGAGAUUUUGCAGGCUGGGACGACUAUAAAAACAGAGGCCGUAUCCCCUGACAGAGCGGGGGAGCAGUUAACAAGCAUGGUCAUUUAUACAGAGGGCGGCUCACAAGUAAUUCAAGGCCAAGGAGGUUAUAAUGAAGCCCAAGAAGCAUGA